AAAUGAUUCACAAUAACUCGAGCUGUUCAAACGUCGUGUUUUGGUGACCCCUAGUCCAUUAAAAUGUCAAUAUUGGCCAGCUUAUCGCUUAUUAUUGAUAAUAGUUAAAUUAAAAUAAAUAAGUCUUGUGUGUGUGUGUGUUCAGUUAUUGUAAGAACAUGAAUUCGAAAGCUGUGAUAUGUGUUUUUGUGUUUUUGUUUUGUUGCGAUGUAGAAUGCAGAAGGAGCGGUGGUGGAUCUCGAACAUCAUACAGCCGUCCGUCUUAUUCACGUCCCUCCUACAGCCCAUCGCCCAGCUACAGUAGACCAUCAUACUCCCACCCUAGCCCAUCAUCCCUGAGUUAUCCAAGCUGGCACCCAGCGCCUGCUAGUCGACCAGCUCCAGCACCUGCUCCCAGUCAUCCAUCUCCCAGCUCCAGCGGCGGAAAUUAUGGUUUCAAACCUUCAGUUACCCAUGGUAGUGAACACGCAACUAAUGUCCAGCCUGUUGGUAGUGCACCUCAUCCACCUCCGAUUGGAUUUAAACCUUCGGUGACUCAUGGUACUGAACACGCAACCAAUGUCAAGCCUGUUGGUAGUGCACCUCCGAUUGGUAGUGGACCUAAUCCACCUCCAAUUGGGUUCAAAGCUAGCGCGCCUCCUGCAGAACACCACGCCAAUAGUGGUAGUCCACCAUCUUAUGGGUUCAAGCCUAGCGCCCCAGUAGGACCUCCAGUUAAUAGUAAGCCCGUUGGAAAUAUACCACCUGGUGCGCCUUAUCAAGUUCAUCCGCCACCUUAUACACCACAUAAUCCAGGCGUGCCUCCACCAGCUUACAAUCCAGCUGGAUAUGGUGCGCCACCUGCCUACAAUCCUGCAGGUUAUGGACACCCUCCAGCUUACAAUCCUGCUGGCUAUGGACAAGCUCCAGCUUAUAAUGGACAUUAUCCUCAGCAACAAUACCACCCUGGGACACCAGGUGGCUACCCAACCAACAAUCACUACUAUGGUGGUACACCAGGCGUCACCAACAUAAACAUCAACAAUAUAAACACCAAUACCCACCAUGGCUAUGGUGGUGGAUAUGGUGGAGGUUAUGGUGGUGGUUUUGGAUAUCAUUACCCAAGCUAUUCGUACUCCUACCACGACACUGGCAGUACCAGCUUAGGCUUCUUUUUAGGCUACUCCCUAGCCAAAAUAACAACCCCCACCUACCACUCCAGUUCCAGCUUCUACAACGGCUACACUCCAAGGUACGACCACUAUGAAGUCCAUCACUACUACCACAACAAAGAUGCUGUCCCGGCUCAAAGUACCAUCCAAGCGAACACAAUUGUGGGUUGCAUCGGAGACAGCGGUACCAUUUGUCCAGUGGGUACCAAAUCGCUUUGCACGAGCAACGGGGCUAUUUUGUGCGUGGCCAGCGCCACUAGUACGGUACCUUGCGCCAAUCAGACUCAAGGGAAUUGCGUUACCACCACGAUACCUUGCGUCGAAGGUUCCAAGGAUUGUCAAGUGGGGCAAAAUAAAACUGUUACUAUACCGUGCAUUUCGAAUGCUAAAGUACCAGGGAAUAUUACUUAUGUUAAUAAUACUGUUAUUGUUAAUAAUACUACUAUUAUUAAUAAUAAUUUUGUGAAUGGUACUACUAAUGUCGUGAACGGUACUACUGUAUUGGCUCAAAAUGCUUCAAUUCCAGUAGUAAGCGAUCAAAUAAGUAAUUCAACAACUACUACUGAAGUACCAACAACAACGACUAUGAGUUUGAAUGGUACCACCACGACUGAGGCUAGUAGAAGUAAAAGGGAAGUUCCUGCAGUGCCAGUGAAUGAUUUUUGUGUGACGAUUUUGGCUUUGCCUGCGGAAAGGAAGCCUACAGAGCAGGAGAAGAUUUUGAAGAGUGGUACUAGUAUAUUUUCCAAGUUUUUAGUCAGAGCUUUGGGAGCACCAUAAUUAUUGUAAUAUAUUAUUGAUUUGUUUUAUUUUUCAAACUUAAGACUGAUGAGUUUUGAAUUUCCUCCCAUUUUCCACUGAAUAUAUCACUAGGGCUUCAUUAGAACUGCUAACUUUCCAAAGCAUAAAAUUAUCCAAGAGAGAAUCGCAAAUCAAAUUAUUACUUUUUCCUUCAGGUUUGAAGUUCAAUAUAACGAUGUUAUUCUAGAAUGCAUUUUUCAAGCAAAAAAAAAACUGUUUUUCCUAGAGAAUGUUUCCAUUAAUCUAAUUUUAGUUUAUGCGUUUGAAACAAUCACCCUAGUAGAUUAAAAGUUGUAUAGAAACAGAAGUAAAUAUCAAUAAUUACCUGGGUUAGGUCCUCCGUCGUCAUGAUCUGUCCAUUCUGAAAACUAAAAUAGAAAUUUAUUAGUAACAUAAAAGCCAAUUUUAUUCAAUAUUCA